AUGAACGAAGCAGUCUGGGAUGUUGAAACCACUAAACGCACGAGGUAAAUUAUACUUGUUAAAUUUAUCGUCUGUACGGUUGAAAUUUGUGUUCCGACGAGUCCAACGUAAAAUUAAGUUAUAUAGUUGUCGAAUGUUCUUGUUUUGAACUAAUAUGUUCUCAGAGGAGAAAUAGCGAGUAGAAACGAAGCCAAAUGCUCACUCAACAAAAUUUAUCUCAAGUUUAUCAUUUUGAAAGCCCUGUGUAGAGUGUAGUUCGUACAUGGUUGAACACGUGGCCGUCUAAAAUACAAGCGAAGCUUAGUGGAAUCUUAGAUAACGAAAGCAACCUGGCAAAUCAUAUUUUGCUCUUCAUCCAAAUUUAUAUUAGCGAAACAGACAGUAAUUCACCAUAAAAAAUGGCAAAUUCAUUUUUUCCCGGUAUACAACAUAACGGUCCGGACAUUUGAUGAAGUUUAAAAUAACCUCGCCGGCAAAAUAUGGCCACCGUUCCUACUUUAAAUGCAUGAUAUCGACCGAUAAAAGCUAUAACGGAAAGCCUCAAAGUUUGCAGAGGGUUUUUUUGUUUUUGUCUUUUUUCCCAAGGAUUUAAACAAACAUAUAUACUCAAAAGAAUAAAGAAAAAGUACCUUGCACUUGAACUUAAUUCAGUAAAGAUAGGAAAAUAUGCCUUGGCACUUGGUUGUCAACGUUCUUAGAUGGGUAAUUUCGAACAACUCUUUUUUUAAACUCGCUACUUGAGUUUUCGCUUUCUCGUGUGCAAUUACUUUAAUCAGGUUUGAAUAUCUGAAUUUUUUUGAGGUCUUGUUCUGUCUUGGAUGAGAUUGCAUGCUCUUGGGCUAUUACUUUCAAACAGGGUCGUGUAAAAAACGAACCGUAACUAAAUGAGUACCAAUCAACAAGAUAUACAUGCAACUUGUAGUUUCAAAUGAUUCUAAACAGUUACAUAAAUUGAAAAACUAGAAAAUUGACGAUUACUAAUCGUGACUUUUGAAUUGCCAUAAAGUUGUGAAAUAGUGAUCGAUCAGUUUUGGCACAAGUAAGAUAUUGUUCAUUAUAUUUGGCAAGAUUUCGGCUAAAUUGCCCCGAUAAAAACCAACCAACCAUUUGCAAUCAAAACCUUAAUUCCUACCUUGCGCGAAUAUAUUGCGGCCAAGCCUGGAUUGAAACCAUAGUGAUGAACAUUGCAGUUUGCGAUUCUUUCUACAAAUGGAAAAGAGUCGAAAAAAUCGUCAGCACAGCCCUGUAUUAAAUUGAUUAAGUCUUUGUAAACCUUUUCAGGAAAUGAGAGUUUUCAAUUGCAACUGAAUUUGAUAAAUAAAGUAUUUCCGUAUUUUUUCUUCGUUUCUCUUUCUAUAGUUCCCUAAAGCAUUUAGAGCCUUUUCACUACUAUUUCCUCAGCUUAUCAUCUUUCUAAUUUUCAGCCGUCAGACCAGACCAUCUUCCUCAGUCAGACCUCCAGAUUAGGCCAUGGAACCAGACCGCAUCAGCAAUCCAUAAGAUGAUCCGCCCCAGAUCAGACCACCCCAUCAGACAGUCGGAUGAGUCUCAGAUCUUACCACAGAUAAGACUCGAAUGCACCAACUCCCACACCAGACCAUCGUCAGACCAGACCACCAAAAUCAGCCUAUCACAUCAGACCACUACUGCCACACCAGACCACCAGAUCAGAUCCACUUCAAAUGAGCACAGCACACCCCACCUCGUGAACUGGUACAGGUCAGGUGCAUUGUUUGUGGGUUGGGUAAAGGGGGGUAUAUAGAGCUCUGGAUGAACCUUGCAAAGCAUACUUUCCACACACGUUCGGCCUCAAGUUUUCGGACAUCUUUUUUCGGCUUAACUUAACUGUAGUUAGAUUAGUUAGCGGGUUCCCUGGGCUGGUAAGGGCCUUCCCUUCCCUUUUUCUUAAGUUGGGUUCCUUUGCAGGUGUUCGGUCAGCAACAUAGGUUCGGCUUUUAGGACUCGGCUCGGCCUCUAGGAAACGAUUCGGCCUCGUUUUUUGCGCCUCUUUUGGAUGGACUCACCGCCGGUUUUCGUCGUCGUCGUCGUCGUCACUGCAAUCUCCCGCUUAGUUGCGCCAAAUUCAAUUCAUAACACUUCACUUGAUAGUCAUUGCGCUGGGCAAGUGAAGCAUUCACUCGCAAGGUUCAACCAGACAGUGAUUAUUUUAAUACGUAACUUAGUAAACUAGAGACGUAAGACCAUUUAGCUGCAGUGAGGAGGACCUGAUUUGGCCUCCGCUUACAGGCUCAAUGGUCUCUCUGGUUACAGGUAGAUAGUCAGGUUAGUCUCACAAAUUCGAGUCUGAUCCUACUUAUACCAAUUUGACUUUUCAUGUUAACCAAUAUCAAAGCGAAGCGAAACUUUUUAAGUGCGCGUUGAUUUUCAGACUUCGAACUUGUGAGGUAAGAUCAGUUGACAGGUUUAUUCUUACAAAGAAGGUAAUUUGCGACCAGGCGUUUCUUCCCGCGAAGAGCCAACACCUUGUUGCAGGUUGCCAGGGCAACAUGGGACACUCCACACACCACAGGCUAGAUCGUUUACAAAUCGUAAGCGUAGGAAGUCUUCGAGACCAAUCUACGACGCAGUUUCAUCGCUGGAGGAGCACGAUCAAGCCGAUCGGCCUUUAGGCAACGUUAGUAGCCUGCGAAGUGAUUACGAGAAUGCUAUUUGGCCGAAUAUUUCAGGGACACACAUGUGAAGGCCCACCAUACCUUGAUAUGCGUGUCCCUGAAUGGCAUUCAGGUGAAAACCUCGCUGGUUAUAGACAGUCUUUCAGUAAGUAGCAGGAGAGGAUACUCUGGCGUGGCAUCGUUGACAUUAAGACGAUUUAGUUUGUCUUCUGGUUAGUUUUGCCUUGCUGGAGAGUUUUCUUCUUAGGAAGCCCUGCAUUGCACAACGCAGGCACAGAUCGUCUACAAAUGGUAGGCGUACGUAGUCUUCACGUCGACCGUUUGUGGCUUUUGGUUUCCUUGUCCUGAUCCGAGACUGGCCUGUAGUGUUCUACCCCUGACAGCUCUUGUACUUCAAUACUUCAUGGCUAGGAGGAAAUCCUAAAGCAGCACGCUGUCUAUUUACGUUUUUUUCCUUGAAUCUUGUAACAAGAAAUAUUUGCUUUUAGAAAUGUGAAUAAAAUGCUUUUGAUCUUAUUUUAUGUGAUUGAAUUGUGCGUCCAUUGCUACAUCAAGGGAAGAAGCCGGCCGAAGAAAGAAGAACAAAGAUUUUCCAGAUGUACAGAAAGAUAGUCCAGUUAAUUAAGUAGGCAAGGUAGCUGCCUUUGCGGCGAUGAAUUGAGAAGAAGAAAUAUAUAGAACCAAACCAGACAAUGAGGAUGAUGAUAAGGAUGAUGAUGACGACGACGACUAUGAUGAUGAUGAUCCUUUGCACUAAGACGUCAUUGUGCUUCUACUAAAUUUAUUUUAUUUGCCGUUGAUUUGGGGUCAUAAUUGAACUGAAGAAAUCACGCUAGAAUGUAAAUUGGCUACAGUUUGCAAACAGAAGCCGAUGACAUCAUAGUGAAAACGACUUCAUCAUUAGGAAGGCAAGGUAAAGCCAGAGGAGACAGCGUAUAGCAAUAACUUUAAUGAGCUGUCUUAACUAACGUUGAUGUCCGUAAGGGCCUAUAUCCCCCCACCCCAACCUUUUCAACUUUUCAUAAACAGUCUUUAGUCACCGUAGUUCUAAAAUUAGUUGAAUCCCUUGUCCCGCAAUUGCCAAUGUCGCAUAGACCAAUGUUAGUUGAGACAGCCUCCAAUAUGUUAUAAUUAAAAUUUAAUUGGCCGGCCGAACUUCACCUUUGGACAACUUCACGUCAUCAUGGACUUCUACGACUUCUUUUUUUCCGAUACCUACGCAUUUUUUUGGAUUGUGGAUCCCAGUCUCCCUGGUCUUUUUGUGAAGGAACAUGACGACAGAGUACGGCAGCCCAAAUAAGGUAGGGCUGAUUUAUGUUGGUACAAAGUUUGCGUAAAACUGACUCGUUCAGUCUAAAAUAGCAAAAUCGGCUCAUUGAAUUUCUACGGAACACUUUGUUUGUAAGAAACUCAGGUUCGCAGCAAACGUAAACAUUGCAUCACAUCAAUCAGCCCAAGUAACAAUCCAAUGUGGCACAAGGUACGUGGAUUUUUUUCAUUUUUUAGGCGAUUAGAUUUUCGGUUCGGUCCAUUCGUCUUUUUCCGGUUUUCGAUUCGACUUUUGAUCUGAUUCCGGAUUCGGCUUCAAAAUAUGUGAAGGCUUGGUAUGGACAAAGUUUCCAUAGCAAGCCGCCAAAUAUCCCUGCGUACCGUCCGGGGGACCCUGGUGUGUUUCAUUCGAGGUGUCGAGGUUUUAUGGACGCAUGUUACACUCCUCGGUCUUGCUCGGACGUCAAAUUCUUAGAAGCGCUUCCCAUUUAUAUAGACUACUUAAUUUCUGUAAACAGCCAACUCAAUUUAAUAAAAACACUUAUCUAAUGCGUUGUCUGUGUGGUUUUUUCUUUUACUUAAGAGCUAAAUCUUUAAAGUAGUUAAUUAUAAGUACUAAUGAUGAUUUGAUUUGCAGGGAUAUUACAAAAUAAUUGUUGUAAUAAUGGCAAAUAAAUAAAACAAAAAUAAAACACUGAGUUGUGAGUGAUGUCUUUUAACUACGCACAUUUAGUGUCGCAUCAGUGUGUUCGCUAUGAAAACACAAACAACUAACUCAUUUAAUUUCAGGUGCUUCGGAAAUCAAUAACUUAUCUUUUUUGGACUCCUCCGCUACACUUUUUUCAAGAGAGAAUGGACGCACACUUUUUUGGGCGCGCCCUCUCGAGAUCGCACAUGGGUUUUUUUCGACCUUUUUACGGCGUUUUGGAUGCGUUCUUGAAGAAACGCAUAGCACUGUCUAUUCGUAAGUCGUACGUGAGGUGCUGAAGGAAGGACAGGAACUUCAAUAUCAAGUUUAAUGUGAUUGAAUUGUACGUAAUUAAAAGUUGAUGAAAAAUAAAGUUUAACAAACGAACGGUAUAUCAUCAGCUUAUUUGUUUUUUUUUUUUUUCAAAUUAAACCAGCACUAAAAAAUGUAGAUAAGUUAGAAUAUGUUGUAACGGAGUUGCAUCUCAGGAAAAAGAAAUAAAGUGUGACCAACACAAUGCCGCUUCACCAUUGUAGUUUUUCUUUAAACCGAUAAUAAAUAAUUUAAAAAGUUUUAUUUCAGGAACAUCGGACGUCGUCUCGUAAAUCUUUUUUUUCCUCGAACACGAUCACCCUGAAGACGUCUUUUUGGGCGCGCCCUCUGAAGACUGAAGGCAUGUGACGUAUGCUCUCUAGAAGCUCAUUUGGAAGUUUUUUUCUGGCUGCGUUCCUGAAGAAACGCAUAUGGACGCUGAUUACGACUAGAAAACAACUUAAAGCUCGAAAGGUAAGACAGAUAUCUGUUUAUGCUCUAACUGUUAGAUUAUCUAUUUGGGUUUCAGAUUUAGUGCUUGAAGUUAGCGUUCGACAGCAGCGUCUCAGAGGCAAGGACGAAUGAAACUGAACGUGAGUGCGUUAAAUCUGAUUGUGCUGAUAUGCACUUAUCCUCGGAUAAUACUAAAAUUUAUUCGUUCAAGCCUUAGUGGGAUUCAAACCUACGACAUUUGCUUAUUUAAUGGUGCUCCUAGUGUACCAAAGAAUGCAAUUUUCAAAACUUGAGAUCCUACACGAUGCUGACAGAAUUCGAAUCUGUUUGAUGAUAGCUGACAGUAGCCUAGCAGACAAUUCCAAGGUCUUUUAAAGGAAAUGGAGUCUGCGAUUGGUUUCCAAGUGCGCGACAGAGGCAGUGUUUUGAUGUUACUGAUUAUGUUUUUAAGAAAUAUUUUAUUUAGGUCGAACACUUCCAGCAGUGAUGUGACCCAUCAGCAGUGAUGUGAAGCCUGUAAGUAUCAGAAUAUUGGAAAACUUUCGUCUUCAAGAACCAGUAAACAAGCUUACCCAAACAGGGUCGUUCAAGAAAAAAGUUUUGAAGUCAGUCGUGCUCCUACUACAUCAAGAGUCGUAACUUUAUAGGUAAAUACUAUUUUCCAGUGGGAUUCCAACCCAUGAACAUUGCUUCAUAAGUAAGCAAAUCGAUAUGAAAUGUGAAUGAGAUUUAUUUACCAGAGUGAGAGAAGCUUCAUAGUUUAAAGUUCAUUUUCAACUGCCAUGUUAAAACUGUUGCUUUGAUAAUCUGUUUUAAGAAGCUUUUUAUUCAGGUCUGUGCAAUUCCAGAAGUUGCUUCCAACACUCAGUCGUAGCCCGCCCAUUGGCAUUGAGAUUUAAACACGUGACCCUGGCUACCAGAUCCGAGGUAAGUACUUGAAACGUACAAUAAGUUUACACAAGUAUUCUGAAAGGAAAUGAAAUAAAGCCUUUGAUUAUUAUUUCAAGCCAUGACUUCACUCUAAUAGUCAUCGUAUUCGAAGCUCUACAAAGAUAAUGAAAUGUUACGUUUAAAUGGAGUACAAAUCCAAGUGGUCAUAUCAGAAACAGCGGUCUGGCUACCGCGUAGAUAGACCAAAACUCGAAGGAUGAGCAUCCAAGGAUUAAAAGUUAAAUAGUGACAUAAUUACCUUGUUUAAAAACAUGGGAAAACGUUUGCUUGCAUUCUUAAUCCAUGUUCUUGAGAAACUUUGCAUUUAGGUCAGAAAAUUGCUGAUGGAAGUCAUGCAGCGAGCGGAAAAGCAGCCCGUAAGUCUCGUCUCUUAAACUACAGUAUUACAUAGAAAGUGAUUUCAACGAACCACCUUGCAGAUCACAGGUACGUACAGAAAAGAAAUACCAACACGUUCAAACCAACCUUGCCAAAAAAAAUGCCAAAAAGUACCAGGAAAGAAAACUGAUGAUAAAAGAGCUCACUAUGCGCAUUUACUCAAGUUGUGAACUUACAGAGCAUUACCUAAAUUGCAUAUUGUAAAACAGACAGCAAGAGGAGGUUAUCCUGGCUACACGUAACUGUUAAUUGAAUUGCCUGGAGACAAAUCGUAACUUUCAUUUGAAGGUCCCGAUAUUGAAACACUCAGUCUUCUCCUCCAACGGAUUUCUCAUGAUCCAUGAACUUUGCUCAACUGUGACGUUACAUUAAGCAAAUACAGGGUGUUAGUGGGAUUCAAACCUAGGCCUACUUAACUAAGAAGAGAGAAACAUGUAAUAGGCUCGGACUUGCUAAAUAAGCUGAAUGUCUUGUUCUUGAGAUCUAUUUUAUAUAUAGAUCCAGAAGAUUUCAGAUGUCGCGCCUCGUCAGGCCUGCAGUCAGUGACUCGAAAAUUAUGUGGAAGGAGCCUGUUUACUUCGACAAAGGCAAGUAUAAUCUUUCUCCAGUUUACUCAUGACUGACUACUCGUAUCGGACUGUGCGUCUGACGAGGCACCGUCACGAGUAGUGGGUAAGAUAAAGGAUUGACACCUAUUGCAUUGAUUGUGAUGAUUAUCUUGCUAAUCAGAAUAACGAUGACGAGAACGACGACGGUUAUGGUAAUGAUGAUGUCAAGCAACAACGAUAGAUGGUGAUGCCUGGUAAAGUCAUUCUUCAAUAGAUUAAAACGUACAUUGAAACUUGCGUAAUUUAGACGACAUCCAAAUCCACUUAUUUCAACCAAAUCCCCCAUAGAACUGUUAUUGACACAACAGCAAAGACAAAAGCCACUUGAGUUCUCCCGAUAAUUCAGAUGGUCGAGGCGUUCUUCUCGGAGGAUUUUAAGGCCAGUAGCGAUAAUAUUUGAAAUUAUAAUAAAAUGCAACUGGACUAAUUGGAAUCACGAAAUUAAAGAAAUGAAGAAGGUCAAAAGAAGAAAUAAAUGUAGGAAAAUGCAGCAAAAAUGAAUUUAAAAUGAAAAAUGAAUAAAAGAAAAAUAUAUAGAUAUUUAGUGAUAAAAUAAUAAAUACUAAAAUAUCCUAUAAUAAUGAAACUAAAUAUAAAUUGAAAUGAAGAAUUUAUAGUAGGGAUAUCAAUAAUGAUCACGAUAAUGAUUAUAAUAAUAGAAAAGGAUUUACCGAGCAGCUGCAACAAAAAACACUAGACUGAUUUUUGAAACGUAACUAAGCAGUCACGUUUCAAAAAUCCAGCUAGAAGUAUUAACGUUUUCCCUUUCCUAUUACAAUCAUUAUAUACGAUCAUUAUUAGUAUUAUUUAUAAUUUAUUUUAUUAACUCUAUUUAUUAACUGUUAUUUUAAAAUUAUUUUUUGUUACACUCUUUAAAUUUAUUUAUUUAUCAUUUACUAUUAUUUUAAAGUAAGUUCAUUUUUGUUGCAUUCUUUAAAUUUAUUUACUUUUUUGACCUUUUUUUCCCUUUGUUCUUUUGCGCGCAAGUCAUUAUUUGCCAGAUUUAUCCCUAUUGACCUGUAUUAGUUUUAAGUUUGAAACCACUGUACCAAAUUUCCAACUGUGCUACUUUCAUACUAUAUAAGCACGACCUGACUAUCGGAAAUAUCGGGAAACGCAAUGUAGCUUUUGUCUUUGUUGUUUGGUUAUUAUAGCUGACUAAACACAAGGAGCCAAUGAAGGAGUCGGGGGAGGGCUACUAAGCUUAGAUAAUAAGUUCAGUUAAGCGUGUGAUCUUGACUUUGUCUUGAGUGAUUUAGCUGCAGUGAACGUCGGCAAGCUAAGCAGCCUGGUCUGGCAUCGCGAUGUGAAGAGGCCUUGACGAGUGAUGCCUGUUACAUUGAUGAUGAUGAUGAUGAUGAUGAUGAUGAUGAUGAUGAUGAUGAUGUUGACUUAUGCUGACAAUGAUGAAGACACGAUGAUGAAGAUGAAGAUGAUGACAACGACUGCUGAAGAUGCUGACGAUGGUGUUGAUGACGAUGACGCUGACGAUGAUGAUGAUGAUGAGGAUGAUGACAAGGCGGAUGCUGAAGAUUAUCUUGAUGACGCUGACGAUAAUGCUGACGAUGAUGAUGACGAUGAUGAUGAUGAUGAUGAUGAUGAUGAUGAUGAUGAUGUGCAAUGACGGAUGCUGACGAUUUUGUUGAUGACGCUAACAAUGACGAUGAUGAUGAUGAUGAUGCUAAUGUUCUUGUACUCAGAUGAAGAGAACCACAGCUCCGUAAAUGGCCAUGGCGUCUUCACCUGGUAAGCACCUUUCUCCUUCUUCAAUUAGUGACUCGAUCUCCAGUCGCCUCUCUUCUCUCGCUUAAAUAUCAACUAAGGAGGUGCGUGGAAAAUGCUCCUCGCUCACAUGCUGUAAUAGUCUCACGUGACCAUUCCCUGACCAAAAGAGUCGAAAGCGGAAGGCUGAGAACGAGUCAGCUUCAUAAGAGCAACGGCAAAGACCCAUAACUGAAACGAGAAGUGUCAGGGAAAACAAGCUUUAAAACGAGAGGAGUCGUAAGCUUUCCGUGCUUUACUUAUUGAAGCUGUAAACUGCAAAGGAAGAACAGAAAACGCUUUCUCGAAUAAGAUAUCAUGGGUUUCAAACUCCAUAAAAUGGAUCAAUUUUGUUCAAUUCAGUUGCAUUCAAAACAAAAUAGAAGUGGGAAUAGACAUUGAACGCACCUGCCCCUAUGAUAAAUUUAAGGCUGUAAAAAAAUACACAACGAAAAUACUCUGCAGCUAUAGUAAAAUAAACAUGGGAGAUUCUUGUUUAAAAUUUAAAAAAGGUGAUUCCAAACUGUUUCGUCCCAACAGCACCCAUGAAGAAAAGAGUGCAAUUCAAGAGUCCUUAUAUAUCAGUCAUAUUGGAGGGAGAGCGUGGAUGUACUUGCACUACUCUGGCUACCAUCCUACGUGGAGGAGAAAAGAUGAACUUUAAACUACGAUAGACUCUAGAGUAUUUAAGUAAGGCCCAGGUUUAAACAGACUGCUUUUCGCACUGCUCUCCCUUGUAGUUUCGCCAGCAAACGCUGAUCGUUAAGUUGAAGAAAACGGAUUCAGUCAAUUCUAUAAGGUUUAAUCUCAACAAUUUUUUCUUCUUCUAAGCUUUUAUCCCAUAUAUUUUACUUUGUAAACCGGCAACCUGUUCAAAACAGCAGGAAGUUUGAACUUGGGCCUAUGUUAUGAGAAAGAAGUAGUAUUAUUAUUUUCGGCAGAUGAAUCAUAACGGUUUAACGCGCGGUCUGUACAAACUGAACUCUUUCAAAGCAUUUAUGAAAAUAAAGAAAUUGUGAUUCAGUGUUGCCUCAGAGUUAGUUGAACAAACCCUAUAUGGUGUCACCAUGGAAAUAAGAAUUUUUCAGUACUACUCCCUCGUAGUGACAAUCAUUUGGUAUUCUUAAAAAGCUGUUAGACCAAAAGGAAUAAUAAAAAUCCGUAGUAUUCUUUUUCUAAUCAGGUUUCGUGCUAGAUGGAUAUGGAAAAAGGUCAGUAAAUGCGAGGACCAUGAUGUAAAGUGAGAAAGCUAUUUUACAACUGGCAAGAUAUUUUAGAAGAGAUGUAGAAUUUAUCAAUUCGGCUGAGAAAGUAAAAGCGUGACUUGGAACUUCUGAAUUCUUCUUAAUUAAUGCCACUGACUUCGCUGAUUUCAUAGCUUAACAUGUAACAUAAACAGCAAUAACCUUAUAAUGCAUGAAGAUUUUUAGAGGUUCCAAGGAACUGUUUUGCCUUUAUCGGAAUUUGGCAGAAGAAAAAAAUUAAAAAGGUUAUAGUGGCCAUCUGCCGAGUGAAGGCACGGAAUCAUAGCUUUCAAACCUUUACAUUGGUUCAAUAAACAUAAUUCAGUUCUGCAGGCACAAAAACAGAGAUUCAGGUUAAUUCGCUCGUAAAGUGCUUUGAUAUCAUUGCUUACGCACUUUGAAACGGCGACAGUCGUUCUAUUCUGGGGUCAACCGAGCCUUGCCGACUCGACAACUCAGCGAGCAAACGAUUUUUUCUUUUCUUUUAGCCUAGCUAAGCUAAGAGGUCACUUCUACUUACUUAUUUCAUUUACUACUUUACUUAUUUAAUUUAUAUAAGCUAUCAGGCCUUAAAACCCCAAAGGCAUCACCAUAGCACUGGUUGGGGGUACACGGUCCCUAUUUUUCCAAAAUUGGUUUUUCGGGGUUUACGUGUCCGGCUGUGGUGUUUUUAUGUUGAUUUUUUUUUAUGAUACAUGUACUGUCUUAACGUAUUACUUACCAAUAAAUUGUACUGUCUUGGACUUCAUAAAUUGCGUGCUGGUUUCAUUGGUUGAUCAUAUGAGUGGGGGCGCAAAAUGUUUUUCAACAAGAACAUGAUCACGCCCUUGUCGUAGGGGAACUUGAAUUAAUAAACUCCUGUUUCCUUUUUGCUUUACGAAAGGUUUCAGCGACUUGUUUGCCGCGCAAAUGCUGUAGCUCAGUUUGCCUUGAUUUAAAUCUGUUCACACAGUGCAAAUAAUCUGUUAAUUUCUGAAAAACACACAAGAUAAGCUGUUGUCGUCCCCUCAGAAUGCAAAGCUUUUAAAUUAAGGACCAGGAGAUUAUCAUUAAUUGUUUGAGUGCGAGAAAAUUAGUUAAAACAAACUUUCUUAUAAAUUCAUGAUGAUCGUUGGAAACGCAUUACUAAAUUUGAUUAACUUCAACUCUCUCUUUGAAAUAGCCAUACGUUCAUCCACAAUAUAGACUAUUUAUCGAAUAAGUAUAGUCUUCAGCAUCAUUUGUAUAGAUACUAGCCAGGCUUUGUUAAGAAGCGGAGCGAUCGAAGCAGAGCGGAAUUUGACCAUCGUCUUCUAGUUUCAGAUUUUUAAAAACAGAACAAGGUGGCUAUUAUGUAACUUCGUUAACUUCUUAUUACAAGCUUAGAGUCUAUAAGAGUCUGUGAAUGACAGUAAGAACACCCUUAUAAACAAAAUAAGGAGCCACUGAGACUUUGCUUUUUUAUCAGGCUGUUACAGAGGGUGGUUCUAACUUUCGAGUCUAGGGAUAAGUCAGCCUAAAUUAAGGUCUGUUUACAUGGAGGUGGAGGACCCUAGGUCGGGUAAGAUCCUUUAUUAGUAUCCGGUCCUUCCUUUUUGUAAGCUGUUCCUAGCUUCAAAAAUUGAAUUUAGGUAGGUGAGGUAACCCGCCUGCCCAUAUAAACUCUCAUUUUAAUUUGAUCACGUUUACAUGAUAGGUUGGGUGACCCUCCAAGGCGGGUAGCCCGGUCUGCCAGACCAGGUAACCUUCUCACCCGGGGUCAAAUUUUGCUGUGUAAACGUUCAAGGUGGGGUAACCCGCCCAGCCGGGGUCCGAUUCGUGAUAAAUCAAAUUCGCGCAAAAUUCGUUUUGGUGGUGGCUUUGCAUUAUUAUUAAAGGCCUGUUUACAAGGAGAGAGGGUUACCCCUGUGAAAUGGUUACCCUGAUGCGGGUUAACUUUACCAGCUUUACUGACGUGUUUCGUCAUGCGCGACAUGUUUUGUAACGGUCCAAAAUUUAGAAUAAUCUUGAGGUUCUCUAUGGACAACACGUUGAAUUCACGAAAAAAGGGAAAUGGUAUCAUCGUAGACAGAAAAUAACUUUUUAUUUUUCAUAUGUUUAUAAUCAAGCUCAGAAAUUGGAUGAUAGCGUUUAAAUUUGCACAAAUACUGGUCACGCGUGAAGGAGGAAAGUUGACCCGGGUAGGCGAGUUAUCCCUAGCAGAGCAUUUGCAGGGCAGGUAGGGUAACCCCCUUGCUAGGGUAACCCUAGCACUCGGGGAGGGCUACCCUAGCGUUAGGGUAACUGCACGUACCACCACCUGCCUUGUAAACGCGUGAAAAGGUAGCGCUCUUGUUAGGGUAACCCUAGCACCGGGGUUACCCUCCCUCCUUGUAAACACGGCCAAAAGCCACAACACUAAAGGUUGCAGCAAGAGCAGCAAGUGAGUGCAGAAGAGCAUUAUUCGUCAAAACACGUGGUUUGACAACAUUUUUCUUGAUUUUAGGGGGAUCACUUGAUUUUUGGAGAACAAAAGGCGGGAUCACGGGAAGACAUCGGAGGAGGGGCGGGGAUCGGGAAAGUUAUCACAAGUUAUUAGGGGGAUCACCUCAGUGAAGUAA